CUUGGAGUGGGAGGAACAAUUUUCUUUUUCAUGCACACAGAAUUUUGAAGUUUUGAGGAUUGCAAGAAACCUCAAUGGAAGUAACAAACAGAUACGUAGUGAUUAAACAUAUUAUUGAUGGAGCACCACAGGAGUCAGACUUUGAGCUUAGAACUGAACCUCUUACUUUAUCAAUUGAGCCCGGAAAAGAUGAAGUCAUCGUCAAAAAUCUCUUCUUAUCGAUUGAUCCAUACCAAUUGAACCGCAUGACGAGCCAAAGUUGCUUUCAGCAAGCAACCAACAUUGCAGGUGCCCUCAACCCUGGCGAGGAAAUUGAUGGUUAUGGUGUGGGGAGAGUUGUCGCUUCUGGCAAUCCUGAAUUUAAAGAGGGGGACUUGGUUUCCGGGUUCCUGAGCUGGGCAGAGAACAGCAUCAUAAAAGAGGGUACCAGCAAAUUUAAAGGAGCUAAGUUAAAUAAGGUGGAGACCAUGGGAUUUCCACUUUCUUACCAUGCAGGAUUUCUAGGAUUCAGUGGGAUAACAGCUUUUGCUGGACUUUUUGAAGUGUGUAAACCCCAGAAAGGGGAAACAGUGUUUGUUUCUGCUGCCUCAGGAUCUGUGGGAAGUUUAGUUGGGCAGUAUGCCAAGCUCUUUGGGUGCUAUGUGGUAGGCUGUGCUGGUAGCCAAAAAAAGGUAGACUUGCUCAAGGAGAAGCUUGGUUUUGAUGAAGCAUUCAACUACAAAGAGGAAAUUGAUCUUAAGUCAGCCCUUAAAAGGUACUUCCCUAGUGGGAUUGACAUAUAUUUUGACAAUGUGGGAGCAGAAAUGUUAGAAGCAGCAAUUGAAAACAUGAAUCCAUUUGGUAGAGUGGCUGUUUGUGGCGUUAUAUCAGAGUAUACGAAUGAAGGAAAACGUGCAGCUUUAAACAUGGUGGAUGUCAUAUACAAGAGGAUCACAAUUCAAGGAUUUCUUGCUGCUGAUCACUUCCAAGUUUAUAAGGACUUCCUUUCAACCACACUUGAGCACCUCCAGAGUGGGAAGUUCCACGUUCUUGAAGACAUAUCGCGUGGUGUGGAAAGCAUACCAUCAGCUUUUGCAGGACUUUUUCGAGGUGAUAAUGUUGGGAAAAAAAUGGUUCAAGUAGUUGAUGAUUAAGUACCAGAUCAUUUUGCUGGAGUCAUAAUUGAGCAAAAGUAAGUAAAUGAAGAUUAGGGAGCUGGGGAAGGAAAAGGGCUUUAAAUCUCAAGGAUUUCUUGGCUGUAACUGAUCUUGUAAACAAUAAUAUCCCACUGUUGGA